CUUCCGGGCUGAUAACACGGGCCCGGUGAUAGUCACAGAUUUAACUGUUUCAUUCGAUUCAAUAUUUAUUUUCCUCACAGACCAGCAAGGGUAAUUAUAACCCCAUGCGUAGCAAUAAUUAAAAGAUUAUAAUAAUGUCAUGUCGGAAUUUUGGUGAAAACGUUUCACUGUAAGUUACAUUAUCCAGUCCCUCAGCGACUCAGAAGUAGCGGUUGAGAAAAGAGGUCUGGUUGGAGUGCUGCACACCAACGCCCACAACUUCUCUCAACUUCAGCAGCAAGUCAAGAUCGUUUCCUUCCAGGCCUCUCAUUCACAGAGCAGAGAGGAGUGAAGUAUUUUGUUGCACAGCUUGUUUCCCCUCAGGUCUACAUUCAACCCCUGAGCUUAAAAAAUGAAGUUGAAGGAGGACAUGAAUCCCCUGCUGCUGCAGGUCUUCCGCUCUGUCGUCUGGGUCUACUCUGUCAUCACCUUCCUGCCCUGGUACUUCUUCUCUGGGGCUGGCACCAACUUGGAGCGAGCACGCCGGAUCAAGGCACGCUCAAUAAGUGGACACCCAGCGGGGCCUUACCGGGCCAUCAACAGCCAAGAGAAGCUGGUGGCAUGGCUGCACCCUGGCGUGGACUCCUUGGACAAAGUGUUUGAAUAUGCAGCCAGGAAGUUCCCAGAGAGAGACUGUUUGGGCACCAGGCAGGUGCUUAGUGAAGAGGAUGAGCUGCAGCCUAACGGCAAAGUCUUCAAGAAGGUAAUUUUGGGGAACUAUAACUGGUUGUCCUACGACGAAGCCUACCAGACAGCAAAGUGUUUUGGCAGUGGUCUGGCAGCUCUCGGCCAGAAGCCACGGUGUAACAUCGCCAUCUUCUGUGAGACCAGGGCAGAGUGGAUCAUAGCAGCACAGGCCUGCUUCAUGUAUAACUUCCCACUUGUGACCCUGUACUCCACCCUCGGACCCACGGCUAUCGCCCAUGGCCUGAACGAGACCGAGGUCACACACAUCAUCACAAGCAAAGACCUCCUGCAGAGUCGGCUCAAGGCCAUUCUGUGUGAUGUGCCGAGGCUACAGUAUAUCAUUGUAGUUGACAGGAAGCCCACCACCUGGCCAGACAUUCCCCGAGGCAUCAUGGUCUACAACAUGGACACUGUACAGGAUCUGGGCUCUAAGCCUGAAAAUAUGGCAGUCGACCGCAGGCAGCCGAUGCCAUCUGAUAUCGCCGUCAUCAUGUACACCAGCGGCUCCACAGGCAUACCCAAGGGCGUCAUGAUCUCUCACAGCAACAUCAUCGCCGGCAUCACGGGCAUGGCAGAGCGAAUCCCCAACCUUGAUGAAACAGACACCUACAUUGGCUACCUGCCCUUGGCCCAUGUUCUUGAGCUCAGUGCUGAGCUGGUGUGUAUCUCUCACGGCUGCCGCAUUGGCUACUCCUCCCCACAGACGCUUGCCGACCAGUCUACCAAGAUCAAGAAGGGCAGUAAAGGAGAUACCAGCGUGCUGAGACCUACUCUCAUGGCUGCUGUACCAGAAAUCAUGGACCGGAUCUAUAAAAAUGUGAUGACCAAAGUGGAGGGGAUGAGCAGCUUCCAGAGGACACUCUUUGUGCUGGCCUACAACUACAAGAUGGAGCAGAUAUCCAAAGGCUACAGUACACCUCUCUGCGACAGCCUAGUCUUCAAACGGGUGCGUGCUCUGUUGGGAGGAAACACGCGGGUGCUACUGUCUGGUGGAGCUCCCCUCUCAGCUGCCACCCAGCGCUUCAUGAACAUCUGUCUGUGCUGCCCUGUGGGGCAGGGCUAUGGCCUGACUGAGACCUGUGGAGCUGGCACCAUCAGUGAGGUUUGGGACUAUAGCACAGGACGAGUGGGCGCUCCGCUGGUUUGCUCAGAGAUCACACUCAAAGACUGGGAGGAGGGUGGUUACUAUAGCACAGACAAGCCCAACCCACGGGGAGAGAUUCUGCUUGGCGGACCAAACGUAACCAUGGGUUACUACAAGAACGAAAGCAAGAACCGCGAGGAUUUCUUUGUGGAUGAGAAUGGCCAGAGAUGGUUCUGUACUGGAGACAUCGGCGAGUUCCACCCUGAUGGAUGCCUCAAGAUCAUUGACCGUAAGAAGGACUUAGUGAAAUUGCAGGCUGGCGAGUACGUCUCCCUUGGAAAAGUGGAGGCUGUUCUGAAGAACUGCGCCCUUAUAGACAACAUCUGUGCCUAUGCCAACAGUGACCAGUCGUAUGUGAUCAGCUUUGUGGUGCCCAACCACAAGCAGCUAACGGUGCUAGCAGAGCAGAUGCAUGUGAGGGGCACCUGGGAGGAGAUCUGCAACAGCACCGAAAUGGAGAAAGAGGUGCUCCGCAUCAUUACUGAGGCUGCUAUCUCAGCAAAACUGGAACGGUUUGAGAUCCCCAAGAAGAUCCGUCUGAGCGCUGAGCCCUGGACACCAGAGACUGGCCUGGUCACCGACGCAUUCAAACUGAAACGCAAAGAGCUCAAAUCACACUACCAGGAGGACAUUGAGAGGAUGUACGGUGGAAAAUAACACAUAGGCACACUACAGCAUACACACACACACAAACACACACAUACAUGUAUAUACUUGCAGACAUGCACAAGGAACUCAGAAGCCACUACCUGGACUACAUGGAGAGGAAUUACAGAUACAAGUACAUACACACAAAUACAGUGCACACACAUCCAUGUACGUACAUUAACACGGACUCAAACCGACCCAAGCUCCUCCUCCCCGGCUUUCCUGCGACCAGCUUCGAUCAAAGGACGGGGGAAAAAACCUCCCCGCUCUUCCUAGACUUCUCAGUAUGAGUUGCUAUGACGACCAAGGUGGCACAUGAAAUUGAACAUCUGCACAUCUCAAGACAAAAGAAAUGCCACGCUGGACGCUUACGGAUCAAUGUCCACGCACCUUCGCCUCUGCUUUGCUCCUUCUCCCCUCCAUUCCCCGCUCUCUGGAGCCUUCCACCAGUUUAGCAUGAUGUCUGACUUUGCUUGUAGUGCAAAUGCCUGGUAGGUAAAGGGGUGGCAUGAGUGGGGCCUGAAAGAAGGAUCCCUCUUGGGCUUUAAGUCAACAUUCAGGUUGGAAUCUAUGCAGGGAUCUCUUAUCUUAAAAUCGUGUGGUGAUGGUUUUUUAUCGUAUCUUUGUCUCUGUGUUCUCUUUUCAAUUUGGUUUGUCAUUUCUCAAAACCCUUUGACGAUUAUCUUGAUGAGCAUCUUGUCGUCUCUGAGGAAACAGCGUCGCAAAGCCAUGAGAGAUUGAAAUGUUAAAACAUUUUUAAGUGUUAUACUUUAACUGUUAUUUUUAUUAGGGUGAUAUUAUUCUGAGGGUUUUUAUUUCUUUACUGUUGUCUUUUUUUAUUGUUAUUAUGUUUAUGAGUAUUGGAAUUUAAUGAGCUUUGUUUACAAGCUUUUCGUCUUUUCCCCUCAUUUUCCUGUGUCCCAAAGUUUGUAUAUGUGAGUGUGUGUGUUUACUUGAAGCAGUCUAGUCCGGAGUCCCCUCUGUUCUCGGCCUUUGCAAUAGGGUUGAAAAAUCAGUGGGAAAGGCAUCCAUGGGUUGCAGUCAGCAGCCUCCAUUCCUCAUCUCUCCCUUGUGCCCUGGACUUAAUUUCUUCCAUUAUCUGACCGGCCCCUGGAUGCCUCACACCCUCUGUCCCAUUUGUUAUUUUUCUAGAAAGGACUGGAUUCCUUUGGUUCUUCAGCGGUUCACUGACUUAGCCCUAUCACAUCUGCCACAUACUCCUCCAGACAUGACCAGUACACCGUAUGGAUGUCUCCAAGAGAACAAGCCAGCCCCGGAAAUGUAAUAUUAGCCUUUUUUUUGAUAGAUAAUGCAUUUAGGCAUUUAUCGGUUGCUCUCCCAACUACUUUUGGUACAUGUUAUUAUUUUUGCCAUAGGUCUAGUUACUGUUACUUUUAUCUAUAAAUAUGAAAUGCAAAUUGAAUGUGCAAUAUUUAUACACAAAUUUUAAACAAAAGUAUGUAGGAAGGAAAAAACGCACAGAUAGCCCCUCCACAGUGUAUGAAUGUUUAGAUCUGUUACUUUUCCACUUCAAUGUAUAAAGAAAACCUGUACCUGUACCUGUAGAAAUAUAAGCAUAGGAAUACAUGUAGUAAUAAAUUAGAGUAAGGUAGACAGACACUGAGGGAAGUUCUAGAUAUAGCCCAUUUGUAAAGGAUUUGAACAUACAUGUGCUAAAUGAAGUCAUGUUUUAAGUGAAAAAUUAAUAUUUGGCAUUGUAAAAAAAAAAUGCAUGAUGAAGAAAUAGGUGCAACUUUACCAAAACACUUGAAUAUGUAUAUAUAAUAGAGAGAGACAUAUUUGAAUAGCACUCCAGUCACACAAUUGAAUAUGAGAAAUAAGUUCUUAUGAGUACACUCCUUAUAUAAUUGUUGAAGACAACGCAUAAGCUCACUUCAAAAUCAAAGACUUUUUUUUAUACAUUGAGUGCAUAAACAUAAGAUUAUCCUCAGAUUAGUUUAUGUGUAUGAAACUGUAUGUGCAGUGUAUAUAUAAAAGAUCUACAGUUUUGGGGGGGUUUUGUCAACUGCCAUGUACUUGAACACAUGAUUACAUUUACAUUUGUUAUGUUUUGAAAUGGGUGGUGAUAUUCUCUGAAUGGCAUUGGUAAUAGUGACACUGUCGCUCCUGUUUUUCAGUCAGGAGCCUUAGCUGCUUCAGUCUAACUCAUUCCUACGGGCUUAUGGACAGCAGAUUUAAGUGGUGUUUGUUUGGCCAGGGGUCCUUUCACUCCCCAACUUCAAGCCACUGAAAAUGUAACAGCAUAUUUUCACCGCUGCCCUUUUGUUACGCAACUUUUGCUUUGCUUAUACACACAGAAACAAUUUAAAGCAUUACUAAAGGUACAGUUGGGUAUUCUUAAGUUCUCUUAUUAAAUGUCUGAUAGCUUAAUGCACAAGGUUUUUUCUUUUAGCAUGUAAAAAUAACAAUACUGUCAUGAGGAACUGGGAACCUGUGAUUCUCCCUUCGUCUUUUCUAACAUUUCUCGCUCCUAAUAUUUCAGUAGAGAGUGAAUAACUAUCCUGCUUGCUGCUUUCCUCUGCUUGGCUAGAGGUGGCUAGUUGCCUUCUUACACACAUGAGCCGUCUUCACGCAUCUGAAGAUUGUGAAGUGCUCCCCAUGUUUUGUUAAUGAGGACACACACGUCUUAGUAGUAACUUUCAUCUUAACUGCUGACUUCCCCUGUGGGCAAGGCAAAGAGAGUGAAUGGUGUAAAGAUGAAUUUCACCACACCUGUUGUUUUCUCUUGUAAAUAGGUUUGGGAGGGGAGGGAACAAUGAUCAAAGUUCAUUAAAAAUACCAAUUGUACAGGUGUAAAACCUCUUUUAAACCUAUUUAAUCUUUGUUAUUGACCAGUUUUUGGGGUCUCCUCCUUGUUGUGCGUGGUUAAGUAGCCCCACGAGGUGGGCUAUAGCAAGUGUCUCCUUCCUUAUUUAUUUGUAAUUUGGCCUUGACAAUAAAAGUUUGUGUUGUAA